GGUUCUUGGGUAGAGCUGCAUUUCAGCAACAACGGUAAUGGUGGAGUAACACCAUUAGUGGGCCAAGAGCAAGUGCCAGCCUCAAUCUCUAUUCAUAAUGGUGAUAUGGAAAAAAUACUUCUGGAUGCCCAACAUGAGUCUGGACGGAGCAGCUCUAGAGAAAGUUCACAUUGUGACAGCCCCCCUCGAUCUCAGACCCCGCAGAGCAUCCAGAGACUAAGCGACAGUGAAACCCAGGGCAGCAAAGAAAAAAGCAGCUCCCAGUCAGAGGAAGAUUAUAUUGAACGGAGAAAAGAGCUGGAAAACAUAUUGAAGAAGAAUUCAGACUGGAUUUGGGAUUGGUCCAGCCGGCCUGAAAAUAUCCCUCCCAAGGAAUUUGUCUUCAAGCAUCCGAAGCGUAGCUCCGCUCUGAGCAUGAGAAAUACAAGUGUUAUGAAGAAGGGUGGGAUUUUCUCUGCUGAAUUUUUGAAAGUUUUCCUUCCCUCCUUGCUAUUAUCCCACCUGCUGGCUAUUGGUCUGGGGUAA